CCGAGCGUUGAGACCAUCGAGACGAUGGCGGCGUGUACGUGGGUGCGGGCUCCGCUCCUGGCACUAGUCUUGGUGGGGUUGGGUGGCUGGACGCUGGGGCUGGCUUCGGCUGAGGACUCGAUGGGCCCUCACAUGGCGGUCCGCCUGGCCGAGAUGCUGACCCCAGAAGAAUGUGAGCUGUUCCGAGCCCUCCUGGAAGCGCCCGAGCCUGACCCAGAGGCCGAGCUGGCCCGACUGUCCGAGGACCGGAGGCCGCCAGACGAAGAGCCCGAGGGGCGGCAGCGGCGGGUGGAGCGGGAGCUGCAGCCGCUCGACUCGGACGGCGUGUGUCGGAAGGAGCUGGCGAGCUGGCUGGCGGCCAAGGCGCCAGCCCUGGAGUGGGACCGGGUAGCCCGGGUUCUGCGGCGCUGCGGCCGCCCGGACGUGGCCCGGGAGCUGGCCAAAAGCCUGCACCAAGAAGCCACACUGGAGCUUCGGAAAUUCGCGCAGCCCUACCAGGAAGCGGCGGCUGCCCAACCGUCCCCAGCGCAGCCCCUGCAGCCCCGCGCUGUCCCUCCCGACUGGGACGCCUGGGAUGCCUGGGAAACCUGGGAGGCGCUGGAGCUGAUCGUGGAGAGGCUGCCCCAGGCCCCGUACCCGCGCCAUCCCAUCGACUGGGCUCGGUCCCUGUCCCUCGCCUUCUUCAGCGGCUUCAUGGGCGCCUUCGGGACCGGGAUGCUAUUCAUCCUACUCUCGCUGUGCAUUACAGAGGCUGAUAGGGAUGAGAACCAGGACGUGGAGUAUAGGCCCGAGAGCCCCAGCUUAGUCUCCGUGCCCCUCUUGGAGACCAGCGAGCCCGACUGCCUGUGGGAAGUAAAAACUCUUCCUUAAUAAAGGUUAUCUUGGUGUCCUCCCCAUCUCCUAGGUGUCCCAGAGCUGUAGGGACAAACCCCUGGAACAUAAGAACAAGGGGGUAACCGCAUUGUGUGUGAAAGCAUUUGGUUUUAUGUUUCUUAGUUUCUUAUGUUUUACGUUUGUUAGUUUCCCAAUCUGCAAAACUGGAGAGGUUUCCUAACCAGACACCAAAUGGUGGUAGGAUGUUUCGACCUUGGACAAAUACAAAAUAGUCACACGAUCGCACACACGCGAGUGCACACACACACACACAUACACACAAAUAACACAUGAUGGUGUUUUGGAAAUAACUUUCAAAAACAAUACAAAAGAUGUUUAUUU